GAAGAGAGACGGAGGAUCAGGAUCAUGGAGUUCAAAUGGAUUCAGAUCUCUUUAUUUCUAACAGCACUGCUUCAGUUCACAGCAGCAGCAGAAGAAGUUAAAACUGUCAGAGUUGGAGAGGACGUCACUUUGUCUUGUGAGAAUCUGAUAAAGAAUCAACCAGAGUGUAGUUACACUAUCUGGAACUUCGUAGGUGUAGGAAACUCCUUUGUAGAGCUGAUCAGAUUCGGGCAGAUCAGUGAAAACAUUGGAGCUAAAUCAGUCAGACUGAGCGUUACAGAGGACUGUUCUCUGGUUAUAAAGAAGGUCACAGAGGAGGAUGUUGGUCUUUAUAACUGUCGUCAGCACCCACCACUAGGAGAACCACUAGUAUUUGCUCUUGUUUAUCUGUCUCUUCUGAACAUGACUGAAACAAAGGACGGUGAUCAGGUGACAUUGUGCUGCUCUGUGAGGACAUAUGAACAGUGUACACUCGGAGUGAAGUGGCUGUUUGAGGGUAGAGAUGUGGAUGUACGUCAUCAAAGUGUGGUGACAUCAAAGCGUGUCUGCUCCACUGAUGUGACCAUUAAGACAUAUCACCACAUGUACAAAUCAAAACCUGACUCCCUGCAGUGUGAAGUGACUGCAGGUAACAAAGUGCGGCUGUUUCCCUUCAGACUUCAGCCCUCAGGUGAGAAACCAGGAGACGGACUGACAGCAGAGACCACACCAGGUGUGAGAGGUUGUUCUGGUCUGGACUUCAUCAUGUUGUCUCUACGUGUGGUUGAACUGGUCCUCAUCACUCUGCUCACUGUUCUUCUCUUCAGAGCUCGAGGGAACCAGAGACCUCCUGAUGAUAUCACUGUGCGUUAUGAUGGAGAUGACGACACAGUGAACUGUGAGAACGCUGGAGAGCCUUCUGCUUCAGUCAGACUCCACUGAUCAACAUCUUCCACGCCUUCAAUUUACCAGACCAAUGAGUCCACUGCUCUUAAACUUUGUUACAGCUUUUUACUGCACAUACAAACACAAACCCUGAUUUCAGUUUGAGCUUUAAGGCGAGGACUUCAGUGAUGUACUGAUUUAAAAGAAGGUGAUAUUGACCUCAUCAAAGUCUUACUAGCCAGAGGUUUGAGCCUUGAUUUGAUCUGAAUGUGAGAGUACAAUUAAACAUGAUUUAUCUUUAACUUCAUCAUGAGGGAGAAUAUUUAGUUCCUGACACGUUUAGUAAAAAACUUAAGAUGGCAUUUAUUUAGAAAGAAGACCUGCAGAUUUAUUUUUGAAUGUCUGUUUGACUUUAAAUAUCUUUAAAUGAUCUCAUGUUAAUCACUGUGUGCUUAGCGACUCUAAUGAAUGAACUUUAAGUUGACAUUGUUGUAGAUAUAUUUCAUUAGAUUUGUAUGCUUUGGUGAAAUGUGUCCAAUUGUAUCAUAUCUGAUCACAGUGUCAUCUGCAAAUAAAGACAUAAAAUCUC